AUGGCAAGGAUCAUUCUUACUUCUGUUCUCAUCGUCUGGGCAGCCACACAACAGGGAAGGGGGAAUGAGAUUACAGAAAAAGGCCUCUCUUUGCUUGGGUACCAUCUGUGCAACUACAGCCUGACCAGAAAUGUGGUUAAAAUGGUUGCCUACCAAAAGUCCUAUGAGAAAAGCACUUCCUGUGGAGGAUGGAUACCAUGGAUGGUGUGUCCCAGGACGUACUAUAAAAUGCAGUAUCAUACUGUUGAAAUCCCGGAAACAGUCACUCUUACAGAUUGCUGUGAAGGAUAUGAACAAGUUGGACUCUACUGCUCCUUAGCACUCAAUAGAUCCAGUGUAUUUGCCUCAAGACCUGGUGCUUGUCCAAUGGAGAAUAUGGAAACAUCGGAUUAUCCUUGCACUUUUGAUACUGAAUGUCCAGGGCUUAAAAAAUGCUGCAACUCUUCCAAAGGAGCAGGCUGUGUGGAUCCAGUGCCAGAGGGAAGUACAUUCUGGUACAACGUGACAGUGCUUGUGAAAAUGGAUUUUGAUGAGUUAAUCAAAGUGGAUUCCCAUCUUCUGAAUCAUUCACGCCUUUUGCACUCCAUGAUUACUGGUGCAUUAGAGCCCUUGAAUGCCUCCGUACACCAUAUCCAGAGUAACCAUGCAGAAGUAUAUGCUGGGACAGUGGCCUCCCAGGUUCUCAUUGGACUGCAUCAGCCAGCUCCGCUCAUGCAAGUUUCUUCUUCCUUGAGGGACAUCGUGAAGCGCACAUAUGAAGUGAUUGAUACAGAAGUGAAAGAUGUCAAUGAAUGUUUCUAUGUGGAGUUCAAUACUUGUCCUGAGAAGAACACCUGUGUAAAUCUGGAGGGUUAUUACAGCUGUGACCCUCAGCAUGGACAUGCAGACGUCAUUCCUCACCAGCUGAGCGGAAGAAAGGAAGGCAUAGCAGCAUCUACUCCAAGUUCAGCACUAGGUGCUGUUAACACCAGCGAUAGCUCCCUGCCUGUAAGCAAUUCAAGUCUCUUGUCCAUAACUAACCAACCUACAGAUGCUGGGUGCUAUCCGUCUACAGUUAGAAACCACCGAGUCUUCAGCGUCAACAGCAGUGGUUUUGAAAUGUCCUGGCUUGUCACUUCUACUCUGAACCAUACUUUCCAAGUCCAAGUGCUCAAGGGCAAAGAGAUUGUACAAAACCUGAAGACAGAGGAAAUGAAAAUGGAUGUGUCUCAACUGGAAGCAGGGGUGAUGUAUUCAGUAGAGAUCAGCUAUGAAACCUGUGGAAAAACCAGCAUCUCUCGUCAAAAUGUUAAAACAGAAGCCAAGAUGUUUGGUGUUACUAUGAGGAUUCUCAACUACAACUUCACUGAUGAUUUCAAGAAUGCCAGCAGCUCAGCAUAUGAAGAAUUUUCAAGAUUGCUGCUUGUGGAGCUUGAAAAUUCAUUUCCACCCAAUGUUUCUGCUUUAUACAAAUCUGGGAAGCUGAAAGUGCAGGUGGAAUCCCUGCAAGCUGGAAGCAUCAUUGUGAGGCUCAGAAUCGCUGUGCAGGAUCCCGAGUUUCCAGUUGAUGCCUCCACACUUGCCCCGGUGUUUUCUUACCUGCACAAUGGCUCGGUGCUUUUGGUGGAUCAGCAAAACACUGCAGUAGAAGACUGGGAUGAAUGUACUUCUCAUGUGGAGAAUGACUGCUCUAUGUUUGCGGAGUGUAUCAACCUUAUGGGCUCAUACACGUGCAGAUGCAAGACAACCAUGGAUACCAACCCAUCCCGACCUGGAAGAAACUGUGAGGGUGAGAUUGUGGACCCUCUCACUGAAACAAUGGCUCCUGAAAUAACAAAUGGCACAGAGUUUGCUCCUGAAGAAGUAAGCUCUGCAGCCCCUGCUUCCCCUGCCACCACAGACAUGGUGGCUGCUACAGGCUCUGGGACUAGCACUGCAGUACACCUCCCUGCUGCACUGCCCCUGGGUGAUGAGCAAGCACCCCAUGGUCAUUCUCCCACCAGUGCUCCUCCAACCCCUUGGGAAAAAAGCCUGGCAUCACAGAGGGACUUCAGCAGGGACAACAGCCCCAUGGCCACAGGGGCUACAGCCAGCAAGGAACAGGCCAUAAGCACAUCACAGCAAAACUCUAUGGCAGAGACUUCCCUUGCUGCAUUGCAGCAGGUGGCUGCUCUCACAAAUGCACCCAUGGGCCCAGCUGGACAAGGGCAGCCCAGUUCAUCAUUGUUGAUGUUUCCAAAUCAAACUACUACCACCCGAAGUCACACAGCUUUUGACUUGCCUCAAGCCAACUCUGAAGAUGGCCCCAGUACUGCUCUGCUGGCCAUAGGGAAUGCCAGUGUUCCCACUGCCAACACCACUACAAAAACAUAUGCAGAGAUGGGAAGAGAGAACAGCUCUUGGUCUGAAAAACACCCUGAAGCCCUGGGGUCACCAGCUUUGCCAGGCACCUCUCCAGCUCCCAGCCUGACACCAGUCCUAGCCAUGAACUGCACUGUCCAGAAGCUUAGUGGCACAGUACGGCUAACAAAUGUGAACUACUCUCUGGGCUUUAGCAAUACAAGCAGUGAGGAAUAUCAAAACUUUGCACAGCUCUUUGUUGAUGAAGUACGUAAAUCUCUGCCCCCUGAAGUUCUUCAGCAGAUGGAUGCUGGUGUGAUUAAAGUGUUGAUAACGGGUAUUACUAAUGGGAGCACAGUGGUAAGAUUCAAUUUACUGAUUGCAGAAGAUGUGGAUAUCUACUACAUCAUCACCGCUUUUCACGAUGCCUUUGAACACAGCUCCUAUUUCACAGUUGACAAGAGCAGUCUCUCCAUAAACGAUUAUGAUGAGUGCGAGAGUGAAGAAGAUGACUGCUCCCCAGAUGCCUCGUGCCAUAACACGCUUGGGUUCUACCAGUGCAGCUGCAAUGAAGGAUUUGCUGAUGUGCACCCAGAAAACCCUGGAAGAAGCUGUGAAGCAUUUCCUAUCAGCCUGAAUGCAACAGCGAUGGAUGAGAAACCUGUACACAGCACAGUUUCACCUGCGACAUCUUUGCAAACUUCAACUCAUGUUCCUUCCUCUACUUCAGUGGACCUUACUACUGACCACAAAGGUCUGGAGGACACCACGUUCUCCAAUGUAGUGCUGCCUCUUCUCACCAUGGAUCCUGUGUCAACUCCUGGUGUUUCUCCUCAAGCAUCCCCUCUUUCCCUCAUUAAACCUGCCCAGGAGGUUUCCAUUAAAGAUGCAGUGGAAGUGUUCUGUGGAAUCGAGAAGAUCGUCCUUGCCAUCCAGAAGAGAUUUUUACAGAAGGAGUCUAUUCCAGAAACCUCCCUGUACCUGGGGGAGCCUCGCUGUAAUGUGAGCAUCAGCAAUGGCACUCACGUUGUGCUGCAGGCAGGCUGGCGUGACUGUGGCACUGAAGUUGAGACUAACAUGACUAAUACAGUAGUGAAAACCAUCCUUCGGAACGAUGGUUCUGCUCAGGGAGUAAUCCACCACUUAAAAGUUGCUAGCCCCAUUCACUGUGUGUUUCAAAAUGAUCUCUUGACUUCCUCUGGAUACACUGCAGAAGGACUUUACACCAUCUUUGAGGAUCUGCAUGGAUCUGGACACUUCAGAACAGAAAUGCAGUUGUUUAUCGGAAACUCCCCAAUACCAAAAAAUUUCAGCAUCUCUGCCAGUGAUGAUGUACUGAUUGAAGUGGGAAUCCAGAGAGCAGACAGCAAGCUCAAGGUGGUUCUAACUGACUGCUGGGCAACUCCAACUAAUAAUUCAGUGGAUCCCCUUUCCUUUGUUUUUAUCAGCAACAGCUGUCCCAUCCCAAAUACAUACACCACACUGCUAGAGAAUGGGAAUUCAAGCAAAGCACAGUUUAAGAUGAAAAUCUUUUCCUUUGUCAACAAUUCUGUGGUUUACUUACACUGCAAAAUUCGUAUUUGUAUGGAGAAACCAGGAAGCACCUGCAGGACAAGAUGCCAUGCAGUUCGAUCCAUGAAGACUGGUGAAACCGUCGCUACGCACAGAACAUCUUGGGGACCCCUGUGUAGAUCAGCUGGAUCUGAUUUGAAGAAACAGGAGGCUAGCAUGGGAGUUGGAUACAUCAUCCUCAUUGCCUUUGCUGUGUUUGGCAUUGUGCUGGGAGUUGUGAGCCUUCUCAUCUUCACAUACCAGAGAAAGACGGGAAGUUACAACUUCAGAAUCAAGUCUGACAACUUCAGCUACCAAGUGUUCUAUGAUUAGUGAUUUCCAAAUUACCAGAUUUGUAUCACAUCUCAUGAAGAACUGAAGCUUAUCUUCAUUCAGCAUUCGGCUUUCAUCACGCUUCACAAUGGUGGUCAUGACUAUUUACAACACUGACUCUUCCAAACUAAUGUUGUAUAUAAAAAACUUCAA